AUGACCAACAUUACGCACAUCGUCCUCUUCCAGUUCUUCGGCCACGUUAGUGGUGAGACUAUUGACGAUGUCGUGUCUCGAAUGUUCCAGUUGAAGGAGAAGUGCCUUGACCCUGUGACGGGAAAGCCUUACAUCCUGUCCUCCAGGGGCGGCCGGGAUAAUUCAGUCGAGGGAAGGAAUAACGGCAUUGCCCACGCUUUCGUCGUCGAGUUUGCCAACGAGGAAGAUCGCGACUACUAUACAUUCAAGGAGCCAGCACACCUCGAGUUUAUUGCAAGCUUGGAUGGAAUCGCGUCUCAGGUUACGGUGGUAGACUUCUCAGACAACCAAUUUUAA